GACCCGCCCAGGAAGUGGCAGAAGGGCAGAAACGGAGAGAGCGGCGAGUAACGACGCAUUGAGCUGAGACAGAAGCUCUCCCCCGCGUAUCUGAAAGUCUAGAAAUGCUUACAUUUGACCUGGAACAUUUCAUUCGCUUUUAGCGGGACAAAGUCGCCCUUUUCUCCGAGAGUGCGGCCAAUGUUGUUCUGGGAAGGUUGCGGAUUUUUCGGUGGAGUUAAAAUGUGGAUAAAUGGCGGGGUUUUAUCUGAAUUUGCGUAACGUGAGCGACACAGUAAGGUGCUUUCUGCACGACAGCGUUAGCUGGGACGAGAUAGAAAGUUUUUCUUGUGAGGAUUAAACAUAUUUCUGUCUUUAUUUUAUCUUUCUGGAUCCUGUUACCAUGACGCCUGACCUCUUGAACUUCAAAAAGGGAUGGAUGUCAAAACUAGACAACUUUGGAGAGUGGAAGAAGCACUGGUUUGUUUUGACAGAUGCUGGAAUGAAAUAUUACAGAGACUCAACUGCGGAGGAGAAAGAUGACUUGGAUGGAGAGAUUGACCUGAAAUCUUGUCUGAAUGUGUCUGAGUUCGAUGUGGAGAAGAACUAUGGGUUUCAGAUCCAGACACGGGAGGCUGUUUUCACACUGUCUGCCAUGACAGCUGGGAUCAGGCGAAACUGGAUAGAGGUUUUAAAGAAGUCUAUCCAGCCCAGCAGCUCUCCUGACCUCACGCAAUUACCUGACAACAACAGCGACAAAGAAAACUCUCAUAAACGUUUUUUGCCAUCUUCCCGUCACCCAUCAUCACGUCAUGUCGACUCCCAGCCAGAGGCUCCGCGCUCGGCACAUCCUGCUGAACGAAAGUUCGACUAUGUAGAACUCUCUCCUGUUCCCACCUCCUCUGGCCCUCUCCCGUCCAGUCAGAGAGAAGCAGGAGAGGGGCAGGGGCGAGAGCAUAGCCAAUGGCAGGAGGAGAGGAGCAUGAGCAGCCAGUGGGAAGCCGUCCUGUCCCGGAAGGGCACGGGUGUGGGGUCGAACCAGAGGGUACACCUGGAGGAAGAAAUAGAGAAAAAGUGGUCUGAGUUUGAACGGAUGCCGUUAAAAGACAUGAGCUCCUUAUCAUCGAUGAGACCGCGGACCUCUAGCCAGUCAGCCAACGAGGCGCUGCAGAGGGAGGUAGUGUGUGGAGAUGAUUCUGUAAUUUGCAAAGAUACUAAAGUGCAAAUUAACUUCAUCUACAUAAAUGAAGUGGCGUCACUGAGGCAACAGCUGGACAAAAUACAACAGGGGGGAGGAGGGGGAAGGGGAGGAGGUGUGCGUGGUAACUGCGGUCCUGAGGCACCCUGCAGCCGCAGCCUGGCGGCCAUGGAGCGUGCUCAUAAACAUGCGCUGGAGGAGCUGCAGAGGCAGCAUGGCCGCCGGAUUAAGGAACUGGAGAUGGAGAAGGAGCGGCUGCUGCUGGAGGAGACCCAGGACACGGCACGAGUGAUGGAAGCUUUGAAGAAGAAGCAUAAAGAGGAGCUGGAGAGAGAGGUGGAGAUGUUCAAGAGGCUGAACAGUGGAGCGAUAGACUCGAAGACUCUGCAAGCCCAACAACAGGCUGAAACUCAGGCCUUGCAGAGGGAGCUGGCCGGCCUGUCUGAGCGCUAUUCUCAAAAGUGUCUGGAGCUACACCGAGCUGAGCAGAGAAACACUGAGAGAGAACGGGAAGUCGGCCACAAAGAGAGAGACAUGGAGCAGCUGAAGAAGGAGAACGUGGACUUAAAGGCCCGUUUGACGGACGAAAUGAGUCUUACACGAUCCACCCUCACAGAUAAAGGCUCAGAGGACAACAAGGACAAGAUCACCUGUGAACUAGAGGUUCUCCUCAGAAUGAAAGAUAACGAGAUACAGUAUCUUCACAAGGAGAUCAGCUGCCUUAGGAAUGAGCUCCAAUUUCUAAACAUGGAAAAGCAGCUGGCCUGUGAGCGGUAUGCAGAGGUGCACGGAGAGCUGAACGGGAUGAAAGGUCGGAAUGAGCGCGAGAUUCAGAGUCUGAAGGAGCACUUGAGGUUGGCCAUGGCUGCUCUGCAAGAGGGACAGAAGCUGGGGAACAGCCUGGACCACUGACCCGCUGCUGCUGCUGCUGUGGCAUGGACAAGGAUGGGCAUGGGCUGACGUUGAGGCAGGGGAAGUGCUUGGGGCUAAACCGUUAUUAAGGCAUAGAGAUUUGGAAAAGCAGGUGUCUUUUUUUUUCUUUUUUUUUUUUUUCAACCUUUCUUUGUUCCCAGAGGUUUGGUUUUCAGUCUGUAUGAUGACUGGAUCAAAAGGAAAUACUUGUAUAGGACCUUUUACUGCUGGGUCAGAACUGUAACAGGUCUUUCAGCCAAUUUGCCAACAAGCCAUUUGUCAGUUUCAUUACACUGGGCCUUACAUUGUAUGUUAAAGUGCACUUUUUACUUUUUGUUUUGCUUUUGAGAGUUCAAGCUUGUACUGAUAUUCUUUUGGUCUUAAAACUGGAAUAUUUGAGUUUUUAGUAUCAGGCCUUGUAGAUCAAGUUUCUACUGUCUGAACUUCAUUUUGAAGCGGGGGUCAGAAGACUUUUUCUUUAUACAGGUUUUCUGUUGAUUUUGUUAAAGUAUCACACUUUCUCAAGAAAUUGGAGCUUUGUAUUUACUGUUAUUAUUCUUAUUGCAUCUGCAAACGGUUGUACCUGUGUUUUUGUUUUUUUAUAAAUGCAAAUUUAUGAAAAAUACUUUGGGAUUCUGAUAAAACGGAACCGUUUCAAAUGUCUUGCAGACUCGAUGUGGAAGUGUGAUCUGGAUGUCGAAGAACAGGUUCUGGCUUCUUCGAAGUAUAAUUGACUUGUAAACACAGCUGAAUGAUUGUUUCUCCACACAACACGUCCAGAUGUUUAUAAGCCAUGGUGGAGAAUUCCCAGGCUUCCUGAUUCCACUGAUCACUUAUUGUCAUACUCUGUUUGUCACCACCACAACACAUGGCAGGUGUUGCAUCAAUGAGCCAUUUUUUAUAUAUAUUUUUCUUGUUGAAAAGAACUAUUGUGAAAAGAGUAACUACCUUUUGAAAGCAUUUAUAUAUUUAAAGCCUCUAAGGUUUUUCUAAAUUAUGCUCGUUUUUGCAAUCAAUAAAGUUACUUCAUUAGGAACCUA